UUCACAUAAAUGCUUUGUCCACGCCGGUUAAGUGGCAAACGUGUGCAACUUCAAUUAUACUUUUUUUUAAUAAUUUAGUUCUAUUACUCUAUGGAGUACCGUACAACUUGUAAAUAAUAAUAAUUAGUCGGAAUGUGCUAAUCCCGAAAAUAGGCGCAAGUGAAAACGUUUGUUCUCGAGCUGAUCGUACAUAGCCAUUAUUCUCAUAUCGGACUUACCCAAAGUUCCUGAUCAAUCGGCAUACAUAAAUGGCUUGAGGGUGACGCGAGAGAGAACCCCAUAGCUUUACACCGAACCUUUGGCCGAAACAAUGGAUCUUUUAUGCUCGGAAAACAUAGUCUAUGAAUCUGAUUCAUCAUUGUAUCGUUUGAACAAACGCCAGCAGCAAAUGUCCACACCGGCGGUCAUUCGGGAUUCAUCAUCGAUAUCAUCAUGUUCGCCCAUGGGAGCCGUGGAAUCCGAUCCCAAUCCCGAUGCCCAGAACAACGCCGUUGUGUGCAAUAUGAAGGAGCUGGUGUAUUUAUACGCGUCGGUGGACUCGGCUGCGAAGAAUCCAGAAGAAUUGGAGCCCCCUCCACCACCACCACCACCGCCGCCACCAACAGCGACCCAAUCUAUCCAAAGUUAUCCGCGUUACAUCAGCCAGGAGCCACCGACGUCACAUUGCCAACGCUUCGACGAACGCCUGGCCACAACAGACGAGCCACCCGCAACCGACAACGUGAACACCGCCAUCGGGGAUCCUACAUUGUACUCGGAUCGGUGUCUGGAGAACUUCCUCAAGGUCGAGGAGAAGCACCACAAGAUUACCGACACGUACUUUAGCAUCCAGAAGGAUAUUACGCCACCGAUGCGCAAAAUUGUCGCCGAAUGGAUGAUGGAAGUGUGUGCUGAGGAAAAUUGCCAGGAAGAGGUCGUGUUACUGGCAUUAAAUUACAUGGAUCGAUUUCUCUCGAGCAAAUCAGUACGCAAGACCCAUCUACAAAUAUUGGCCGCAGCUUGCCUCUUGCUGGCUUCGAAGCUCCGUGAACCCAGCUGUCGUGCUCUUUCGGUGGAUCUACUGGUUGUUUAUACGGACAACAGUAUUUACAAGGAUGAUUUGAUUAAAUGGGAGCUGUAUGUGCUAAGCCGCUUGGGCUGGGACCUCUCAUCUGUGACUCCUUUGGACUUUCUUGAGCUUCUGAUGAUGCGCCUGCCGAUAGGAAGUAAAAACUUCCCAGACAUAAACAUUGGAAAAGUGCGGGGACAUGCUCAGGCAUUCAUAUCACUGGCAGCAAAAGAACAUAAAUUCGCCAAGUUCUCGGCCAGCACCAUAGCUGCGUCGAGCAUAGCAGCAUCGAUGAACGGCUUAAAGUGGCAUCUGCGCUCGGGACACAACCUGCACUUCCUGUUGAGUCUUAUGACCGAUCUGACCAGCGUGGAGCAAGCUCAGGUGCAGGAUUGCAUGUUGCACAUGGAGGACAUCUUUAAGGAGCACAGUCGGAAUCUGGAGCCAUUUCUAGUGAACAUUGACCCGGCACAAAUGUCAACAUUAUACUACAAGGGGCGCUUCCAAAUACACCAAUCGCAGCACCUCUCGCAAAUCUCAAUAAGAUCCUUGCCACUGCCGAAAGCUCCAGCCGACUGUGCGGAGCAGCACCAGCAGCAGCACAACUUUGGGUCCGCAGCACCACAUCGAACGCAUACGUGCAAGAUGCAGGCGCAGGCUCAAAACGAGAUACAAGACGUUACAUUUUGAGGUGUCAAAUGAUAGUUAUACAUGAUAGUUAUACCAGGUUUAAGUUUAAACUAUAUAUUACUCUAUUUUUACUACUGUAUAGGAUCCUAAUAAUCCGAUCACUGUAAGAUUGGCCAAUAUCACACAAUUUACAUCUAACCCGAUGUAUUUUAUAUUUACCCAACUAUUUUUUACCAAACUAUGGGUUUUUAUAAAUUUUUUCAUAAAUAUUCUGUAUAAAAUAGUUUUAAAAAAUCAUCGUGAAACUUUCAAAUGGAUGAAACAUAAAAACGAGACUGAUUGUAAGCAGUAAAGCAACAUUUUAUUUUUGUAUAUAAGCUUUUCGAAAUCCUGCACAGAUAACCAAAAAAGAACGAACUAUUAAAUGCAAGUUUUACAAAAACCAUCCAACAUAAAGAGAAAACCAAUAUGUUAAAGAUUAAUUUGGAUACAAAUAAUACUAGUUGGCAAAUAAAUAAUAGGAAAAACAAA